CAUGCAGUUCAUGGACCGACUCCCGGCGCUUGGUUCUAACUUACGCAAGUUCGUCAAUCCCGGCUUAGAUGCGCCCCUCUUCAUGUUUUUUCCCAUACUUCAAGAACCCAUAAAAGUUAAAACCCCCUCACUCACUCACUCUCUCAUUCGUCGCUCAUUUCUGAACCAAAAAAGUUCUGUUAGAUCAGCAGUAAUUUCAUUUAUGCGUAAACGCGUUAAAGAUCAAGAAAUAUGUUUUCCAUUUUGUAUUAGUAGUUCUAGUUUUGGUUCCUAAAAAUCAGCAUGAAUCAGAACUAAUUCUGUUCCAUUUACUGUUUUUCUUUUCCUUUGUUCUAUCUUUUCACAUCACACCCUUUUCGUUCAUUUCCACUAAAUCUUUUCCCACUUUAUCAAUUUUUUGUACUUAUUUUCAGAUUUUCUGAAAUUUAGUUGUUAUAUCGAGGUAUGUUUACAUUCAGAUCAUGAACUAGGGUUUGGAUUUUUCUGAUUGGUUGUGGGGCGGGAGAUGAUGAAUGUGAGAAAUUCUGGAUUUUGGGAUGUUGUUUGUUGAUGGGCCUUUGAUAGGUGCAUAAGAGGUUGAGCUUUGUUUAUGGGUGAAUUUGCUAUGUUUGGGAAUCUUAGACGCCGCCUGGUAGGGACACUGCCUUUAGAUGACCAGACAGAGAUGGCGCAAGGAAGAAAUCGACAUUCUAGAAUCUGUUUAUUAGCUUCACUAUCAGCUUUCUUUUGGUUUUUGUUGUUAUAUUUCCAUUUUGUUAUGCUUGCAAGUAGCAGUGCUGUGACUCAGUUAAACCCCUUUACCCGAAAUACUGAAUCAAUGAAAACCCGCAUGCGUAAUCCCAGCCCGAUCCCGAUUAAUAGCCAUGUUGCUAGUGAUAGUCCUAAAUUUGACGUUCAUCGUGAAAAAGAAAUAUCUGCUAAUGGUAAAUCAAACGAUGAAAGCCCUAACAUUGUGACAUCAAGCAACGUGAAACGUUUGCCUGUGAAUAAGAAAGAUAGGGCUCAGAGUGAGAUGGAAAAAUAUCCUUUUAUGAGGGCAUUAAGAACAGUAGAGAAUAAGAGUGAUCCGUGUGGUGGGAAGUAUAUUUANCAAUGCAAGAACUCCAAAGUUUGCAAACUAUUGGAGUGUGAUUUUGGAGAGAGCAAGUGUCAUUCUCCAAGCAGUAUAAUGCAAAUGUUUCAGAGCUCUCUUUUCUGCCUGCAGCCUCAGGGUGAUUCAUACACGAGAAGAUCAUCAUUUGACUCUAUUUUGGCUGGUUGUAUACCUGUCUUCUUCCAUCCAGGUUCUGCCUAUGCGCAAUACACCUGGCAUUUGCCGAGAAAUUAUUCACAGUACUCCAUUUUCAUUCCAGAGGACGACAUUCGUAAGAGGAAUAUCAGCAUAGAACAAAGGCUCGGUGAAAUUUCUCCAGGGAAGGUAAGAGAAAUGAGGGAAACGGUUAUAAAUCUCAUCCCGAGGCUUAUAUAUGCAGAUCCUCGCUCCAAAUUGGAGACUCUCAAAGAUGCCUUUGACGUGGCUGUUCAUGCUGUUAUUGACAAAGUUACAAAGUUGAGGAGAGACAUAAUCAAGGGGGGAAAAGAUGAUAAUUUUAUCGAGGAGCUUAGUUGGAAGUACGCCUUGUUAGAUGAAGGCCAAGAGGUAGGGCCUCAUGAAUGGGAUCCAUUCUUCUCAAAACCUAAAGACAACAAAGCGGAUUCCAACAGUUCAUCGGCGGAAGCUGCUAAAAACUCCUGGAAGAAUGAGCAAAGACAGUAGUCAUGAAUUGAAAUCGACAUUUUCAAAUUUCCAGCAAUGCAUGGUGUAAGAUGGCUGGAUCUUCAAUCAAGACACCAGUGGUGCAUUUUAUGCGCAGUGAGGCACGAAUUUCGGGCUUGGUAUGACACAACAUUAUAUAGUAUAUGGUCUACAAAUGAAAAUCUUGUUUAAAGACAAGAUGUAGAGAUACACAAUUGUAGUUCCAGUAUAAAUAUGUUUCUUAUAUGUCCUUCACAGAUAUUGGUUUUUGCCAUUCUUCUAAAGGAUUUAGUAUACAGAUUCUGUGUCAUGGGCCUCAUGGCUGAGUGAAUAUAACCUCAUGUGCUGAAUGUUCACUUCAGGGAAAGGUACAAGAGAGAAAAAUGAGUACUUGUCUGUCAUUUUUGCUUUUAGUAAUAGAAAUCAAUCGAUUAAUCGUAAACAGUCCCUUUUGUUACAAUUCGUUUUUACUUUAGUUU